GUUAUAAAUUGUAUGAUUUGUUUCCUUAGGCAAAUGUUUCCCUAUUGAGAAGGAACCGAAAGAUGGAUAAAACGGAGCAUCUUGCUGACUGGAUGUCUAACCUUAAUGAGAAGUUCACAAAAAUUCCUUUGAGCCGCCUUGCCAUUCCAGGGAGCCAUGAUGCUAUGGCAUACAGCUUAGAUAUGGACUCUUCUGUGCUGGAACCUAAAAGAUUGAAGGCCUUGGAUAAAAUGUUUAGUGCUUUCUUAAGGCCCAUUGUCAAAAAAUGGGGCACUGUCCAGGAAAAAAACAUCUCUGAGCAGCUUGACGGUGGUGUGCGAUACUUCGAUCUGAGGGUUGCUGGGAAGCCUGACUCCAGUGAUUUAUUCUUCUACCAUGGACUCUACACGACAAUGACAGUGAAGGAGGGAAUGACAGAAUUGGAUAAAUGGCUAGAACAGCAUUCCAAGGAGGUGGUGAUCCUUACUUUCUCGCAUUUCAAAGAAAUGACAGCCGAUCAACAUAAUGGCCUGACCAACUUCCUCAAGGAGCACUUUAAAACAAAACUCUGCCCGAAGCCUCAAGUGCCCUCACUAAACGACUGCUGGGGAAAUGGUCAUCAGAUCAUCCUUUCUUAUGACUACAGUUUUGUCAAUGAUGAAGCUGUACUGUGGCCUCGAAUCGAAUACUGGUGGGCUGAUAACUCAGACCCCAAGGAAGUCAUUUCAUACCUCAAUACCCAGAAACAAAAGGGUAGGCCAGAGGGAUUUUUUGUUGCUGGUCUAAAUCUGACUUUUGAUGGGAAAGACAUGGUCCUGUACCUAAUGAAGUCUUUGAAGGAGAAGACCAUGGCGGCGUACCCUCUGUUGCUGGACUGGGUGAAGGAACAACACCAGGGCCCUGACAAAGAAAGCAUUAACAUCAUUGCUGGAGAUUUUGUUGGGGUGAAUAGCUUUGCUCAGGAUAUCAUUCAGCUCAACAGAGCAGACAGUGGUUCAUGAAGAUCCAAUGGAUGCAGUUCCAGUAAAGAAGGGGAGAUUCUGUCAAGAAAAAUAUAUACAAGCAUAAAAAUGUUUUUGUACUUGUGAGAUUUCCAAAUUUUGUUCAUUCAUAGGAAGUCAAUAAAUGCCAAAAAGUGAAA